AUCUGAGAAAUGUCUACAAACAGCAGCAGUGACCCCAAGCCUCCCUGCAUGCCUCGCAACGGCCUGGUCAAGCUCCCCGCACAGCCCAAUGGCCUAGGGUCAGCCAGCAUUACCAAAGGAACCCCCGCCGCGAAAAACCGACUGUGCCAGUCCUCCUCCAUCCCCUCCACACUGCCGAUAUCACCCCCCAACCACAGUGAGCUGGCACAAGCGGCACAGGUGGCCCCAGCCUCUCUGUGCGGAGGGACUGACACCAAGAUCCCCCUGGAAGAACCCAGUGCUGAGGAGAUCUCCCCAAGUACAUGCCAGCCAUCGGGCUCCAAAAGGAAGCUCUCCAGCUCUUCAAUGGAAGGACAAGUGUCUAUUUUGGACGAGAAGAUUCUCAACAGGCUGUUCUGGUACUUUUCCUGCUGUGAGAGGUGUGUGCUGGUGCAGGUGUGUAAGGUGUGGAGGAAGGUCCUUUACCAGGGCAAGUUCUGGCAGGGCGUCACCCCCAUUCUUCACGCCAAGGAGCUGUACAAUGUACUUCUUAACGGGGACAAGGAGUUUGUCAACCUGCAAGGCUUUGCCUCUCGUGGCUUUGAUUCCUUCUGCCUGAUCGGAGUCUCUGACCUGGACAUUUGUGAGUUUAUUGACAAUUACCCCCUGUCCAAGAAAGGCGUUCGCUCGGUCAGCCUGAAACGAUCAACCAUCACUGAUGCUGGGCUCGAGGUGAUGUUGGAGCAGAUGCAGGGCUUGGCCCAGCUGGAGCUGUCUGGCUGUAAUGACUUCACAGAGGCCGGGCUAUGGUCCAGCCUGAACGCCCGCAUCACGGCGCUGAGUGUCAGCGACUGCAUCAAUGUGGCAGACGAUGCCAUCGCGGCCAUCUCCCAGCUGCUGCCCAACCUGACCGAGCUGAACUUGCAGGCCUACCACGUGACGGACACGGCCAUGGCCUAUUUCACCGCCAAACAGGGCUCCACCACACACACGCUGCGGCUCAACUCGUGCUGGGAGAUCACCAACCACGGCGUGGUCAAUAUGGUGCACAGUCUGCCCAACCUCACCGCCCUCAGCCUCUCCGGCUGCUCCAAGAUCACCGACGAUGGCGUCGAGCUGGUGGCCGAGAACCUGCGGAAGCUGCGCUGCCUGGACCUGUCCUGGUGCCCGCACAUCACUGACAUGGCCCUCGAGUAUAUCGCCUGUGACCUGCACAAGCUGGAGGAGAUCAUCCUGGACAGGUGCGUGAGGAUCACAGACACGGGGCUGGGCUAUCUCUCCACCAUGUCCUCCCUGCGCAGUCUCUACCUCCGAUGGUGUUGCCAGGUCCAAGAUUUUGGUUUACAGCAUCUCUUCGGGAUGAGGAGUCUACGAUUACUUUCCCUCGCAGGCUGCCCCCUGCUGACCACAGCCGGGCUGUCCGGCCUGAUCCAGCUGCAGGACUUGGAGGAGUUGGAGCUGACCAACUGCCCCGGAGCCACCCCCGAGCUCUUCAAAUACUACUCGCAGCACCUGCCUCGCUGUAUGGUCAUCGAGUAA